ACUCCCCUGUCCCUUCUUUAAAUCCACCCUUCCCUUCUCUCCCUCGCUCAUUCUUUCUUUCCAACCUAAGGUAGCAGCAGCAGCACUCCAACUCUUUUGGUUUACCUACUACUCCUUUAUCACCAUGAGCUUUGCCAACCCACCAUCCUUUGCUUCAGAGGAAGGCUCGACUCCCGCUGGCCGGAGAAGACCUUCCUGCAAGACUGUCUUCACACUUGCUUACCAGAGUCUCGGGGUGGUCUAUGGAGAUCUGAGUACUUCUCCUUUAUAUGUUUACAAGACAACCUUCUCAGGGAAAUUAAGCCUCCAUGAGGAUGAUGAGGAGGUUUUCGGUGUGCUUUCCUUCAUCUUCUGGACCUUAACUCUCAUUCCUCUCUUCAAGUACAUCUAUUUCGUACUGUCAGCAGAUGAUAAUGGUGAAGGUGGUCCGUUUGCACUAUAUUCUCUGCUUUGCAGACAUGCAAAGUUAUGCCUUCUACCUAAUCAGCAAGCAGCUGAUGAGAAUUUGUCAACCUAUAACAUGGAAGGUGCUGCAGACACGUGGCAGAGUUCUAUGCUCAAGGAGUUAUUCAAAAAACAUCCAAGGUUCCGAAAUGGUCUGCUUAUAGUUGUUCUGCUGGGGACUUGUAUGACAAUUGGUGAUGGGGUGCUUACCCCAACAAUCUCAGUUCUUUCUGCAGUCUCGGGUGUUGGAGUGAAAAUCACACAUCUCCAUGAGAAUUACAUUGUGGCAAUCUCAUGUGCAAUCUUGGUGGGUCUCUUCUCUCUCCAGCAUCAUGGGACACACCGAGUUGGUUUCCUGUUUGCACCAAUUGUCACAGCAUGGCUUCUAUGCAUUGGCGUUAUUGGUAUUUAUAAUAUAUUUCGAUGGAAUCAAAGUAUUAUCCGUGCUCUUUCACCCUUAUAUAUGUUUAGAUUCCUCAAAAGUACAGGCGUGGAAGGCUGGGUGUCACUAGGAGGAGUGGUGCUCUGUAUUACAGGUGCAGAGACAAUGUUUGCUAAUUUGGGUCAUUUCUCUCCACUUUCAAUCAAGAUGGCAUUUUCUUUUCUGGUGUAUCCCUGUCUCAUUCUUGCUUAUAUGGGUGAAGCUGCAUUUCUUUCUAAACACCAUGAGGAUAUUCAACGAAGCUUCUAUAAAGCUAUACCAGGCAGGAUAUAUUGUCAAUGGUUUAUCACUUAUUCAUUUCAACAUAUUAGAUGUUGUGAUAUCUACUUACAAAAGCUUUCUCAAUGUACAGAAGCUAUUUUUUGGCCUGUCUUCAUAGUGGCCACUCUUGCAGCAAUAGUUGGAAGUCAGGCUGUGAUAUCAGCAACCUUUUCUAUCAUAAGCCAGUGUUGUUCCCUGAGUUGCUUCCCUCGUGUGAAAAUUGUCCAUACUUCAAACCAAAUAUAUGGACAGGUAUAUAUUCCUGAAGUCAAUUGGAUUCUCAUGUGUCUAUGCUUAGCUGUCACAAUUGGUUUGAGGAACACCAACACCAUUGGCCAUGCAUAUGGGUUUGCUGUCACAAUCGUCAUCUUUGUGACCACUUGCUUGAUGUCUUUGGUGAUAAUAAUUGCAUGGAAGCAGAAGAUAAUGAUGGCUAUAGCUUUUCUUGUGUUUUUUGGAUCUAUAGAACUGUUAUACAUCUCAGCAUCCCUCAUCAAGAUUCCAGAAGGGGGGUGGAUACCAAUUGUUCUCUCUAUGAUCUUUAUGAGUGUGAUGUACAUAUGGAACUAUGGGACAUUAAAAAAGCAUGAAUUUGAUUUGGAGAAUAAGGUCUCAGUAAACAGAAUUUUGGAUCUGGGGCCCACCCUAGGAAUGGUUCGGGUGCCGGGAAUUGGACUUGUCUAUGCUGAUUUGGCAACCGGGGUGCCAGCUGUUUUUGGACAUUUUGCAACAAACUUGCCAGCAUUUCAUCAGAUCUUAGUUUUUGUCUGUAUCAAAUCAGUCCAAGUUCCCUUUGUUUCUGAAGGGGAGCGAUUUCUUAUAGGCAGGAUAGGGCCAAAAGAGUUUCAUAUGUUCAGAUGCAUAGUUCGUUAUGGUUACAAAGAUCUGCAGCAAGAUAAUUAUGAUUUUGAGAAUAUACUGGUGUGUAAAAUUUUAGCAUUCGUGGAAAUGGAAGACGACUUGCAGACACUAAACAAAGGAAAAGCUUAUGAAUUAAGGGUAUCAAAUCCUGAAUGUCCUGAUAUUUUCAUGCCAUGUGUAACAGGUCGAAAAUUUGAGGAGGAUUUGCUGUCUUCUUCAGAUACAUAUUUAGUGAAAGGGGGGGACUUCAGGCUUAUGGAGGGUUCUUUUUGUAAGGAUGAAUCUUUGGAGAUUCUGAAAGCCAAGGAAUCUGGUAUGGUCUACAUUCUGGGACGUUCAUAUGCCAAGGCAAAGAAAUCAUCAUCCCUCAUCAAGAAAUUUGUGAUUGAUGUAAUAUAUGCUUUUCUUAGCAAAAAUUGCAGAGGACCUGAUGAUCUCUUAAAGCUGCCCCACUCUUUAUUGCUUGAAGUUGGUAUGGUUUACUAUGUUUAAUGGAAGAAAAGUAGUUUUCUUCUCCACCCACUGAAGUUAUUGAUCAUCUUCAAGCAGAGCAAACACAAACAAGCUCCUUUAUGAUUCAUUAGUGAUGGUUGUUGAAUUGGUUCAAAUGACAAUUCCAUUAAUGUUGUCUGAAGAAAGGUGCUGGAUUAUUAAAUGCAUGAUUUCCUGCUUUUCAAGAAACGGAAUGGAAAAUGAGAAUGCUAGUUAUCUUCUUUUGAUGGUAACUGAGAAUGUUAUUUAUCAAAGAUGCAAAAUUGCUCUUUAUGUUAUCAUGAAGAAGCUUCCGUUCAACAUGUUAGUAGGUUUUAAGGAGCAUAGUCUUUGAUGGAUGGAUAGAUAAUUUUGGAUCAUCUGGCCAUAAAAGAUACAAGAACAAAAGGAAAAAUGAGAUGAUGACUUGUCUCUGGAAAAAAGUUAUUUGCACGUACUGUCUAAAUGGGUUUUGCUGCAGAAAAUAAUUACAGCUAGCUCAUGCUUAUUUCCUUUUGGGUAUAUUUCACCGAGUUAUGUUGCUUCCUCUAUUUAUGUUUCACAGAAUGCUUGAUGAACAUCUCCUGAUACCCAGCUACAUAUGAAUUCUUGCCAGAAGAAACAGUGGUAGUCAAACUGUAUGAUGACUUUGAAUGGUCUGUCCAUGCCUAACACAUUAUGGCACCAACUUUCUUUCACUCCAUGCUUACUUUCAUCUCAUGGAGUCAGGGCAAAACAUGGUUCAGUGAUUGUUGAGGAGUGCAAGACAAGCAUAAUAGAAAGCUUCAUCUAGUUAAAUUUGUUGGCUCUUAGAUGUAUAUUUUCACCUCACAAAAUAUGUUAGUUUAUUUUUAUUAUUCUUCUUUCUCAAAGAUAUAAUGCGCUUUUAUAUAUGCUGACAAUGUAAAGCAAGUUUACCAUUCUCGCA